AUGUUCGUUGUUCAGCUGUUUUCCUGCACUGGUGUGAUGCGAUGGCGAAUCCACCUAUUGCAAUUGCUUCUAGAGUUGUGCGAAGGUUCAAAAACGAUUUGUCAUAACGGUGGAUAUCCUCAUCCGCUUCACUGCAACAAGUGCGUCUGUCCUGAAGGAUAUGCCGGAACUCGAUGCAACAGGAGGCCCAAAGAAAGUCCCAACGAAUGCGGUCAAACAUUUACUGCAUCGACGGAAUGGAAAGAGUUCACAGAUUUCUUAGGCGAUUAUAAAUCUCAUGGAAACUACACCAAAUGCUAUUACUGGAUUGAAGUAAGCGGCGCGGUUCUCCUCAAUGUUAAGAGUUUGGAGCUCGUAAGCUUCUCUGAAGAGCAUGCUCUCGAAGGUUGUCUAAACGCUGGUGUAGAAAUCAAGACAAACGAAAAUCAGCAGCUAACUGGAUAUAGACCACUCUUGAAUUUGCAUUCUAAUAUCGCACUUAGAUUCUGUUCUCCAAGCGCGGCAGGGACCAAACUUCGUUCCUUUUCUAAGCGGGUUCCUAUAAUAACAUGGAAUAGAGCCUAUAUAUCAAGAACAGUGUUGCGAUACCGACAAGGUAAUAUUAUGGUAUCUGUGACUGAGCACGUUAAAACCACACCGAACUUCUUUAGUUCCGAAGAACGAACCUCGACCAACUACAUGGAGGUCACGAUUCCGCGAGACUCGGCCCCCUACCACUACACUACUCCACCACCUCCUGUGGAAGAGCAGAACCAGUGUAAAGAUCACUAUCAGUAA